UGCAACACCAAUGUCUUCCCCUUUCUCACUAACACACCCAAAUAAACUGCACCUCCCUGCUUACACAAUCAAAUUAAAAGCAGAUAAACGGGAUCUGUCAUUUUAAUAAUGGGUCUUUAUAUGUUUAUUGAAUCCAUGAACAGUACAUAAGGGAAGUGCCUACAGCCAAAGACUAGUGCAGCUGAGACAGUCACACGUUCCCUUAUUUUACUGAAGGCUUUGCUAUAGGAUGCCUUUCCAGUUGGUUUCCACCUCGUGGAUUCUUUUAUGCCUGAUUUUGCAAUGCCUGGCAGACAAUCCUGGGGUCAAAAUUCAAAUCAACCAGAAAGGACUGCACUAUGGAGCAGAUAACUUGAUCUCUCAGAUCUCAUCAGUAUACCUUUCUGAUAUCAUUGGGCGUGUAACUAUUGCAACAGAGUCGAUGGACUAUGAGCUUACACAGGUACAGAUGGUGAGUUUCCAAUAUUCAAAAAGUUCUGCAGACUUCAUUCCUGAGAAAGGGUUCCAGAUAUCUAUCUAUGGUGGAAACUCAACCGUGAAUGGUACCUGGAAGCUAGACAGCAUGUUAAUGCAAGACAGUGGAUUAAUGAUUUUGACUUUAAAAGGAAUAUCCGCCUCAGUCGUCCUGGGGCUUCGCCAGAGAAAUACAGGCACACCAUCCAUUUUUCUUAUUAACUGCGAGUCUGAAAUUAGAGGAGUUGAUUUCAGAGUUGAAGGGGGAGUUGAUUACGUCUAUGAAGCUGUUAAGGGGCCAAUGGAGGAUAUAAUACGCAGUAAAGUUAAUGAACAGUUGUGUUCCGCACUGAGUCUACAGAUUGCAGAUUGGGACCAAUCUCUGAGUACCUUUCUAUCAAAUAUGUCUCUCACUGCUGGCCUUGAUUUAUCUCUUACUAAAGACCCAAUAUUUUCAAAACAGUAUGCAGAGAUUGACGUAAAGGGGGUGUCCGACACACAUUUAAGUAAGACCAGAGCUAACCCACCUGCACCAAUGAUCUUCUCAAAGCUUCCAAACUCCAUGAUACAAGUUUGCAUCUCAGAGUAUUCACUGAACUCUGCCCUCAGAACUACCUUCAUAGCAAAUAUUUUUACAGACCUCUUCUCAGACUUCAUGAGCUUUAUAAAUAUAAGAACAUCGGACCUGAAUAAUUUUUUGCCAGAGCUUUCCCAGCAUUAUCCAGAACCAUCACCAGUGAAGAUUAAGCUAUAUCUGUCCACUGCACCAACUUUCUCUGUGAAGCCAAAUAAUAUGACAGUGGCCUUUGUUGGAAUCCUUCAAACUUACGCCAUGCCCUCCAAUACCACAAGCCAUCUACUGUUCACUGCCACCACAGCUUUCAGCAUCAGUUCCAACAUUUCUGCAUCUAACUCAAAUCAGGAAAAUGGGACGAAUCUCACUGGAUCCAUCAUUCUGAGCAGCUUCCAGCUGCAGAUACACAAGAAUCUGUCCUAUUUUAACAUUACUGAGGAUGCCACAAAAGAGAAAGGGAUUAAAAAUAUUAUCAAGGUUACUUUAACCACAUUCUUAAAAGAAAAAUUUGAAAAGACUGGAAUAUACAUCCCACUUAACUUUCUAAGAAAUCUCUCUAUCUACAUGAAAGAGGGAUUUCUCCUACUGGCUGCUGAUAUGCAAAUGUCCCCCGAUUUACUGUAAUCAUAAGUGGACAGCUGUGACUCAUGACUAUGGGCCAUAUUUAGACCAAAAACUACUACUCUAAAGUCAAAAACCAACAGCAACCUCUGUUUUUUUAAAAUCAUUGUCAUUGUUGCAAGU